AUGGCGGCUCUCCAAGCUUCGCUUUCGACCAUCUCCAACCCCUCCCUCGCUCCUCAACGCAAUUUCGUCUCGCAUGCCGUCAACAACCAGCCUUCCGCCUUAAAAAUAUCUCCACGUCGUCUUACGCGUGCUGCUGCCAGCUCAGCAUCCCGUGACGAUGACGUGAACUCGCAGCUCGACCGCCGGAGCGUCCUUCUAUCAAUGGCUGCCGCGGCGCUUUCUCCCAUGGUACCCGUUAGUGAAGCGUCCGCUAUUACCGUUCCGAAGCAGGUUGGGGCGUUCCUCCCGAAAUCCGAGGAUGGCGAGUUUGUCGUAUUCACUCCGGGAAUGAAGGACACGCCUGCGCUUAGAGCAGGCAACGUGUCCCCUUACACGUUCAACAUCCCGCCCACGUGGACACAGUCGCGCAUCGCCAACAUCCUCUCGGGCAACUACUGCCAGCCCAAGUGCGCCGAGCCGUGGAUCGAAGUCAAGUUCGAGGACCCAAGAGAGGGCUUGCUGCAGGUGGUGGCAUCACCCAUGGUGCGCCUGACCAACAAGCUCGAGCUGCCCAUCGAGGAGAUCGGCACCCCGGAGCGCAUCAUAGCGGCGCUUGGCCCGUUUGUCACCGGUGAUUCAUACGACCCUGAUGAGGUGGUGGACACGCGCAUUCGCAAGGAGGGCGGCCAGACGUACUACGAGUACUACAUGGAGACGCCCUAUGCACGCUCAGGCGCCUACAACCUGGCGUCUGCCACGGCCAAGGGCAGCACCGUGCUGCUUCUGGUGAUCAGUGCAAACGACAAGCAGUGGGCUUCCGGUGAAGCCAAGCUCAGAAAAAUGCUCAAGUCGUUUAGUGUGUGA